AUGGACGGGCCCGCUGAGCCCCUAACCCAGGGCCUGUGGGACACCGAACACAAUGACAUCUCAGAAAUCAGCCAGAAUCUGUCCAGCGAAUACUUCCGGUACAAAGGCAUCCUCUUCCCCUCGGUCAUCUACUCCCCUGAGAGCAUCAGCAUCACCGAGAACGCCGAGGUGCGGGAAGAUGACAUCUUCAUCGUCACCUACCCCAAGUCAGGCACCAACUGGAUGAUCGAGAUCCUCUGCUUAAUGCUGAAGGACGGGGACACCUCCUGGGUCCGCUCAGAGCCCAUCUGGAAGCGGGCGCCCUGGUGUGAGACCGUCAUGGGUGCCUUCAGCCUCCCGGACGAGUCCAACCCCCGCCUCAUGAGUUCCCACCUCCCCAUCGAGCUCUUCACAAAGUCCUACUUCAACUCCAAGGCCAAGGUGAUUUACAUGGGCCGGAACCCCCGGGAUGUGGUCGUCUCACUCUAUCACUACUCCAAGAUUGCCGGGCAGCUGAAGGACCCCGGGACCCCAGACCAGUUUCUGCAGAACUUCCUCAAAGGCGAACUGCCGUUCGGCUCCUGGUUCGACCACAUUAAAGGCUGGAUUCGGAUGCAGGGCAAAGAGAACUUCCUGUUUAUCACCUACGAGGAGCUGCAGAAGGACCUCCCCGGCUCCGUGAAGCGUGUCUGCGAGUUCCUGGGCUGGCAGCUGGGCGAGGAGGCGCUGGCCUCCGUGGCGGAACACUCGGCCUUCGAGGCCAUGAAGGCCAACCCCAUGUCCAACUUCACGCUGCUGCCCCCCAUCCUGCUGGACCAUCGCCGCGGCGCCUUCCUCCGGAAAGGGAUCUGCGGAGACUGGAAGAACUACUUCACCAAGGCGCAGAGCGAAGCCUUCGACCGAGUCUACCGCGAGCAGAUGCAGGGGCUGCCGACCUUCCCCUGGGAUGAGGACCCCGAAGAAGCCAGUCCGGACCCUGAACCCAGCCCCGAUGCCAGCCCCGAUGCCAGCCCCGAUGCCAGCCCCGACCCCAGCCCCAGCCCAGACCAGGCCUCUGAGCACCCCGCUCCAUGA